AUGUCCCUCGCCGCGGCGUCGGCGAGACGCCAUGUGCGAUGGCAGGCGAUGCUGCUGCAGUCGCAGCUGAUCGCCCAGCGAUCGAUCCUUUGCAGACCAACACUGGACCGAUCACAACCGUUCGCCACCUCGCUGGACCGCGCACACGAUCACCCAGUGCACGGUAUCCCUUUCGUCUCUCCCAAGCCCCCCGUUUCCCCGCCAUUCCCCCCGCCCCACGCACCCCUCGCCUCGACAGUGGCAGUAUCCUCGUUACAAGAUCACUCACCGGCAGAAUACGACAUCGCCCUGUUGAAGAAUAGGAGACUAAGCAUUUCAUCCGCAAACGUGUUUCCGACGGCAGUUGCCGGCCAGGCGAUGCCUGACCGUCAGGCGCUACCAGCUAGCCGGCAGGUCGUCCCGCACCACGUGCGCGCUGUGCAAGUCGUCAUCCCUCAACUCACUUCUGCGCGGCCACUCUCUGGGCGGUCCGAGGGGGAAGCGCCAGUGACGUGGGCGAGUCUGGCGCUGCUGCUGCUGACGGGAGGCGCACUGCUGACGUACUUUGAGAGCGAGAAGCGCAAGCGACUGGAAGUGGGUAGGCGGCCAUACAAGGCCUUUUACCCCCCUCCCCCAUGCCCCAUCCCCUUCCCCUCGGCAGCUGUGAGAGAGUUGAAGCCGGUGGGCAAGGCGGCCAUAGGGGGCCCGUUCACGCUCGUGGACGGCAAUGGAAAGGCGUUCACAGAGGCGGAUCUCAAGGGGCGGUGGGCGCUGCUGUACUUUGGGUUCACCUUCUGCCCGGACAUCUGCCCCAGCCAGCUCAUCAACAUCGCCCAGGCUGUCGACCUCGUGGAGAAGCAGGUGGGAGUGAAGGUGGUGCCGGUGUUCAUCUCAGUGGACCCUGAGCGAGACACCGCUGAUCAGGUCAAGGAGUACGUCAAAGACACCACGGAGCAGGUCAAGGAGGUGCGCACGUUCACCCCUCGGCACGUUCACCCCUCGGCACGUUCACCCCUCGGCACGUUCACCCCUCUGCACGUUCACCCCUCUGCACGUUCACCCCUCUGCACGUUCACCCCUCUGCACGUUCACCCCUCUGCACGUUCACCCCUCUGCACGUUCACCCCUCUGCACGUUCACCCCUCUGCACGUUCACCCCUCUGCACGUUCACCCCUCGGCACGUUCACCCCUCUGCACGUUCACCCCUCUGCACUUUCACCCCUCUGCACGUUCACCCCUCUGCGCGUUCACCCCUCUGCACGUUCACCCUCCUGCACCUCCUUGAAACUACCUGCACCUCCUUACACCUCCUUCAAUGCUUCUCGUUCCUAUAUUCUCAUCAUUCCUCCUGUUCCUGCCUUGCUCCCAUUGCACCCCUUGCUCCCCUGCUCAUUCAUCCCACUGCAGAGUUCCACCCGAGAAUGAUCGGCCUCACAGGCACGCCAGAACAGGUGAAAGCAGCAGCACGUGCAUUCCGAGUGUAUUACAUGAAGACAGAGGAGGAGGGGUACGACUACCUCGUCGAUCACUCCAUCAUCUCGUAUUUGAUGAGUCCGGAGUUUGAGUUUGUUAAGUUCUUUGGCCGCAAUCACACGCCAGAGGGGCUGGCAGACGGCAUAGCAGGGGAGAUCAAGGGCCAUGGCAAGUAG